AUGAGCUAUAAUGGGUCGGCCGUAGUGGCCAUGGUCGGAAAGAAUUGCGUGGCCAUUGCAGCUGAUAGACGUCUUGGUGUCCAAUUGAUGACAGUAUCUACUGAUUUCCGAAAGAUAUUUCCAGCAACAGGAAAAUGCUAUAUUGGACUUGCUGGACUGGCUACUGACGUCCAAACUUUAUCCGAAAAGUUUCGUUUUAAAAUUAACAUGUAUAAGCUACGUGAAGAGCGUGAAAUCGAACCGCGUACUUUGUCAAAUAUGGUUGCUUCAACAUUGUAUGAAAGAAGGUUUUCCCCUUAUUUUGUUGAGCCGGUGAUUGCUGGUCUUGACAAGAAUAAUCAACCAUUUAUCUGUACGAUGGAUUUGAUAGGUUGUAAUGAUAUAUCGCAAGACUUCGUGGUAGCUGGAACAGCUUCUGACAGCUUGUUUGGAAUGUGUGAAUCUUUAUGGGAACCUGAUUUGGAGCCAGAAGAUUUAUUUGAAACAAUCUCGCAAGCGUUAUUGAAUGCCGUUGAUAGAGAUUGUUUAAGUGGUUGGGGCGCUGUUGUUCAUGUCAU